GCAUGAAAGAAGAACAUGCAGGGAACUGCAUAUGGAAUUGUGUGGAAAGCAAUUGAUCGCAAGACUGGAGAAAUAGUUGCUGUCAAGAAGAUCUUUGAUGCUUUUAGGAACAGAACAGAUGCUCAGAGAACAUUCCGGGAAAUUAUGUUCCUGCAGGAAUUUGGAGAACAUCCAAAUAUCAUCAAGCUGCUUAAUGUCAUCCGGGCUCAGAAUGACAAGGAUAUUUACCUGGUUUUUGAAUCUAUGGAGACAGAUUUACAUGCUGUGAUCAAGAAGGGGAAUUUGCUGAAAGACAUCCACAAGUGUUACAUCCUUUAUCAACUGCUGAAGGCCACCAAAUUCAUCCACUCAGGGAAUGUCAUUCACAGAGACCAGAAGCCCUCAAAUAUCCUGCUGGAUGCAGAUUGCUUUAUUAAGCUUUGUGAUUUUGGACUGGCUCGCUCCCUAUGUCAGAUCCAUGAGGACCAAGGCAGCCCUCCAUUGACAGAGUAUGUGGCAACACGCUGGUACCGAGCCCCUGAGAUUUUACUUUCAUCUCGUAGCUACACAAAAGGUGUGGACAUGUGGAGCAUCGGCUGUAUUCUGGGAGAGAUGCUGCUUGGAAAACCUCUUUUCCCUGGAACAUCAACAGUGAAUCAGAUACAACAGAUCUUAAGUGUUAUUCCUGCUCCAUCCCAGGAAG